AUGACAAAUAAAUUAAAUCCUCAUCAAAGUGUCCCAAUUAAAUUAGUAAUUGUUGGCGAUGGUACUGUGGGAAAAACUUGCAUGCUUAUGUCAUUUACAAGUAAUGCAUUUCCAGAAGAAUAUGUACCAACAGUUUUUGAUAAUUAUACAUCAAAUGUAGUUGUUGAUAAUGUUAAAGUUUCAUUGGGCUUAUGGGAUACAGCUGGCCAAGAAGAUUAUGAUCGACUUCGACCACUAUCAUAUCCACAAACUGAUGUAUUUGUACUUUGCUUUAGUGUUAUAAGUCCAACAUCGUUCACAAAUAUCACAAAUAAAUGGAUGCCAGAAAUUCGACAUCAUUGCCCAGAUACACCAGUUAUUUUAUGUGGAACGAAAAUUGAUUUACGUGAAGAUCGAGAAUUUGUUAAUCAAUUACAAAGACAAACUCUUCAACCAAUAAAACGUGAACAAGGACAACGUUUAUGUAAAAAAAUUCGUGCUUUUAAAUAUGUUGAAUGUUCCGCAUUAACUCAGAAAGGUCUUAAACAGGUUUUUGAUGAUGCUGUUCGAAGUGUAUUAUCACCUAAAACAAACAAAGUAUCAAAACCAUCAUAUUUAAUUUUAUGUAAGAGAAAAAUAACUAUGCCUGUGAAGGAAAUAUUCUAUAGUGAAACAUAUAAAGAUGAUAUGUAUGAAUAUCGACAUGUAAUAUUACCACCAGAACAAGCACAAUUAGUACCACGAACACAUUUAUUAACUGAAACUGAAUGGCGAAAUCUAGGGUUACAAAUGUCAGCUGGAUGGAUACAUUUUAUGCUUCAUAAUCCAGAGCCACAUGUUUUACUAUUUCGUCGACCAAUAAAAUCGAAUUGA